AUGUCCUUAACAUACAAGUUACAGAUCAAGGGAGAUUACCCUGUCACCCACAGAGUGAACAUGAUCAGGGUGAAUAAGUACAUAAGUGCUGAUGAUCAAGAGUACCCAAGUGCUGAUGACCACGAAUACGCAAGUGUUGAUGACCACGAGUACCCAAGUGCUGAUGACCACGAGUACGCAAGUCCUGAUGACCAAGAGUACGCAAGUGCUGAUGACCACGAGUACGCAAGUGCUGAUGACCACGAGUAUGCAAGUGCUGAUGACCAAGAGUACGCAAGUGCUGAUGACCACGAGUACGCAAGUGCUGAUGACCAAGAAUACGAAAGUGCUGAUGACCAAGAGUACUCAAGUGUUGAUGACCAAGAGUACUCAAGUGCUGAUGACCAAGAGUACGCAAGUGCUGAUGACCAAGAGUAUGCAAGUGCUGAUGACCACGAGUAUGUAAGUGCUGAUGAUCAAGAGUACUCAAGUGCUGAUGACCAAGAGAACAUAAGUGCUGAUGACCAAGAGUAUGCAAGUGCUGAUGACCACGAGUAUGUAAGUGCUGAUGACCAAGAGUACUCAAGUGCUGAUGACCAAGAGUAUGCAAGUGCUGAUGACCACGAGUAUGUAAGUGCUGAUGACCAAGAGUACUCAAGUGCUGAUGACCACGAGUACGCAAGUGCUGAUGACCAAGAGUACUCAAGUGCUGAUGACCAAGAGUAUGCAAGUGCUGAUGACCACGAGUAUGUAAGUGCUGAUGACCAAGAGUACUCAAGUGCUGAUGACCAAGAGUACUCAAGUGCUGAUGACCACGAGUACGCAAGUGCUGAUGACCACGAGUAUGUAAGUGCCGAUGACCAAGAGUACUCAAGUGCUGAUGACCAAGAGAACAUAAGUGCUGAUGACCAAGAGUACGUAAGUGCCGAUAAACAUGUACCAUUUAAAGAGUUACUUCAGUUUCAAAUCCUCUGUGUCUUAAAAACAAUGUUAAAUGAAACGGAUUAA